AUGCGUGAGAACAUACUCAUUAGCUUUGAAAGACAGAAUUCUCAAUGGACUUCUGCUUCGAUGAUAAAUCCAAAUCCAAUGAAUUGUUUGGAUUUAUUAUCUAAUUCUCUUUUGCCUCGUUUGGACUCUGAUUUUCAUCGUGUUACUCUGGGUAAAUUUUCUGAGUUGCCUUCUUUUUCAUCGGCUCAAUUCGC